GUAUUUACGUACUUAAGUUUCUUAGAUUAAGGACCAGCCGAAACGCUGUGCGUACUAGUGUUAUUUUCAAAGGCCAGUGACGUCACGUGUGGUCAUUCACAAACUGCAUGUAUCAAAAGGAACAAUGAAGUGCCAAAUUUAUGUUCUGUUUUCUUUUGUUGUCAGCAGUGUCGCCAGUAGUCUCAGUCACCCAAAUGUUCUCCUAAUCGUUGUAGAUGAUUUGCGUCCAAUCUUAGGAUGUUAUGGGGAUACUCUUGCUCUAACUCCAAACAUUGAUUCUCUUGCACGUCAUGGAACAGUCUUUACACGAGCUUUUGCACAACAAGCCCUGUGUGGUCCAAGUCGCACUUCCUUUCUAACGUCUCGGCGUCCAGACACCACCAAGUUGUAUGACGUCCAUUUUUACUGGCGGAAGCAUGCUGGUAACUUUACAACAUUACCACAAUAUUUCAAGCAACACGGCUACCACACAGUUUCUGCUGGCAAGAUUUUUCACCCUGGCAUAGUGAGCAACUACAGUGAUGACCAACCAUACAGCUGGUCUGAGCCUGCAUAUCACCCUCCAACUCAGGCCCACAAGCAGGACCCUGUGUGUCUAGGAUCAGAUGCAGCACUGCACACCAACAUCUAUUGUCCUGUACAGGUAGAACAACAACCAGGCAGAACUCUACCAGACAUAGAAACAACAGAGUUUGCAACUGCCUGGCUCCAACGAUGGGCAGCAAAAGGGAUGACUGAAACAAAGACAGCUGUUAAACAGCCAUUUUUUUUAGCUGUUGGUUAUCAUAAGCCACACAUUCCUCUAAAAUUUCCUUGGCAAUUUUUAGAUAUAUACCCAAUUAAGAGUGUGCCUCUUGCCCCUAAUGAUCGUCGACCCCAAGGUCUACCCAAUGUUGCCUGGAACCCCUGGAAUGACCUUCGGUAUCGUGACGAUAUUGCUGCAUUAAAUGUCUCCUUUCCCUUUGGGCCCCUACCGGACUACUAUGCAAGAUACAUUAGACAGGGAUAUUAUGCUGCCACAACUUACACCGAUGCUUUGAUUGGUGAUCUUCUAUCAGCCACUAACACACUGUUUCCGGACACAGUCGUUGCUCUUGUUGGAGAUCAUGGAUGGUCACUUGGUGAGCAUCAGGAGUGGUCGAAGUUUAGCAAUUUUGAAGUUGCAACAAGAGUUCCAUUUAUUAUAAGCAAACUGAGUCUUCAAACUGUUCACCUAUUCCGUGGCUAUAAUGCUUCCCUCACAGAGUUAAACAAACUAAAAUUGUCAUCUAUGAAGGAAGAGUCAUUUUUUCCUUCAGGCAAAAGGUUACUUGAUCUUAGGAUCAGGGAGAAAUUUAAAUUUAUAACUCAUAAAAUAAAUAUUUCAGAGAAGAAUUUGAAAAGAUUGCACAUUAAUGACAAAUUCAGGUCUUAUAAUGGUCUGGUCGAGUUGGUUGAUUUGUUUCCUACUCUGGUUGACAUGACUGGCCUGCCUGUUCUCUCACCUUGUCCAGAGAAGUCGGGGAAUGUUGAGGUGUGCACAGAGGGAUCUAGCUUGGCUCCUAUUGUGAACAUGUUGACAAAUUGUAAAUCCUCUAAUGUGCUUAUGAAAAGUCAAUGCACCUCAACUAACAUACAGGUAAAAAAGGCAGCAUUCAGUCAAUAUCCUCGACCAGGACCUGAACCAACCCUUCACCCAGAUAGCGAUCAACCUCCAAUGCACGAUACAACCAUUAUGGGCUAUUCCAUGAGGACAAAUAGAUACCGCUACACUGCCUGGCUGAAGUUCAAUAAUGUAACAUUUAAGCCAGACUGGAGUAACAUCAUCGCAGAGGAACUUUACGACCAUAAAGUGGAUGAUGAGGAGAACCACAAUGUCUGUAGGAAAAGAGUAUAUCAAUCUAAAAAGGAGCAAUUACAAAGAAAGCUGAGAAAUGGUUGGAAACGGCCAAUUUUUUUAACAUAAAUAUUACAUGCUGUAUAAUAUUUAAUUAUCACAAGGCACCAAGCCUGGAAGAUUUUAGCACCAUUUAUGGUGCAGAAGUAUAAUACUUAGGCUUUUUGUAUUUAUACAAGAGACGAAUAUGGUACAAUAUGUAUGUUGCAGUGAUGUAUAAUGUGUUUCUGCAAGUUGUUAAAUAUGUUUAAUAUCCAUUAUCAAGGGGAUAUUGUAAAUACUGUACUAUAAUUACUAUAUUUGUUUAUAAAAUAUUAAAAGUAAAAUUUUACAUUUUCAAA